CAGAAAUGUUUUAUGAACUGCAUAUUCAACGGCUUACCGUUAGAUCUACGAAUCCUACAUACAAUUACAUGCGUAACGCGUCGAAUUUCUCGCGAGGCAUAUCAAGAUACACUUCGUCUGCUGUCAAGUUACACCUCUGUUUACAUUAAUUUAUUUUCAAGAAACAGAUGUUUGCCCCCGACCAAACAGGGCGUCCAGCGUCGCCUCAUCCGGAUUUAGAAAGAACUGUUUGCGGAUGCUGCGCUGUUUGCAAAGUACACCUAAACUCUUCUGCAGACCACAGACUUCUGCCUUGCCUGCAUAUAGUUUGUAAUACUUGCCUUACGAAGAUCUGCACAGAUGGAGCCACCCAAGAUUGUCCAUUAUGUGCACAUUCCUUUUGUUUGUCUGAGGUUACAGAAUGUGCCAUUUUCGAAGACACGUCUAAAAAUAACAAGAUUCCCAAGUGUGCCGGGUGUGAAGAGAGUAAGGUUAGUGGAUGGUGUGUCCAGUGCGAGGAGGCCCUGUGUUUGGACUGUACGUCUGCUCAUCGUAGGGUAAAAGUGACCCGUGACCAUGACGUCACACCCAAAAAACCACCCACAGGUUGGAUACAGAGAAGACGCUGUCCCUCACACACUCAGGAGAGCUUGAGGUUCUUCUGUCUCGUUUGUGAAGAGCUCACCUGUAAGGACUGUCAACUGAUCUCUCAUAGGGGGCACAGUUUUGUGAAGCAGGAGGAAGCUGUGGGAUCUCAAAGGCAGCGGCUGCAGAGUUUGUUGGACUCCAUCAGACAUCAGAAAGAGCCGGUCAGCAGCAGCUUGCUGCACCUAGAGGCAAGAUUGCAGGACAUUAAGAGUAUAAAAGUGGCAGCAAAGAAGAUGUUGACACAGGUUGUCCACUUCAUUUAUCAGACUCUGGUUGUGAGAGCUACACAGAUGUUAAAGGAGAUAGAGGCCCUGUAUGCGGAGGAGGUGGGGUGUUUGUUGGAGAGGAAGACAUCUCUGAACAGGUUGGAAGGCUGUCAGGACUACAUAGCAGCUUUUAUUGACAAGAUCCUAUGCACAGAGGGCCACUGCCUCCUGACUUACACAAAAAGAAUUGAGACCCAAGUGAAAAAGCUUCUGUCCCAGAAGGCAUGCACCCCUGAGACCAUGAUUGAACUGCACAUUCAGAUUCAGAAUGAACUCUGUCAGCACAUCAUGAAAUGUGGAUUUUUGAGGAUUAGAAGGGUUCUUGUUCCAUUCACCUCUCAGAGAACUGGUUCCACUCAGUUAGAGUCUGAGUCUGUGAAAAGCUCAAAUCAAAAUCCCUGUGCCUCCUCUCAGACUGUGCAAAUGGACAAGGCCCUUCCUAGUCUGCCUCAUCCAUCUCAGCCCAGCCAGCCAUCUCAUUCUAACCAGGCCACAACCCGCUUUGCAUGUAACAAUGUUGCCUCUUCUCAACCGAAUCAAUCUGAACCUUCCUCUUCAGAUCAUCAAAGUUCAUUUUCUUCUUCACCAUCUGUCCAAGUCCAGUACCAUGAAGUCAUGUCUGAGCAAACCAAGCAUGCUUACAGUCCCUCAUUGAACUGUGUCCCAUAUUUUCCUCAGUCUGCUCCUAAAACUCACAUGAAUUCUUCUCUGUCUGUUUAUUCUCAGCCUCGUCUUCCACUCACGAACCUCACAGCAUCUCAAAUAAACAAUAUCUCUGAGUCAGCCAAAUGUAGGAAGGCCUAUUGCCCUACCAUGCAGGUCUCUCAUACACGCAUACUCACCCGCCCAAUGCCAAUUCCAGUCAACAACCAAACACCCGUAACAACUCAUCCAAUACCAGCCAACAACCAAACACCCCUACUAACUCAUCAAAUACCAGUCAAUAACCAAACACUCGCACCGACUCAUCCAAUACCAGCCAACAACCAAACACCCCUACUAACUCAUCAAAUACCAGUCAAUAACCAAACACUCGCACCGACUCAUCCAAUACCAGCCAACAACCAAACACCCGUACUAACUCAUAUAAUGCCCAUCAACAACCAAACACUCGUACCAACUCAACCAAUACCAGCCAACAACCAAACACCUGUACUAACUCAUCCAAUACCAGCCAACAACCAAACACUCGUACCAACUCAUCCAAUACCAGCCAACAACCAAACACUCGUACCAACUCAUCCAAUGCCAGCCAACAACCAAACACCCCUACUAACUCAUCAAAUGCCAGUCAAUAACCAAAAACAACCAAUUUCAGUCAACAACCAAACACCCGUAACAACUCCUCAAAUACCAGCCAACAACCAACCACCUGAACUAAUUGAAUCAAUACCAGUCAACAACCAAAUACCUGUAUUAAUUCAACCAAUUCCAGUCAACAACCAAACACCCAUACUAACCCCUCCAAUACCAGCCAACAACCAAACACCCGUAUUAAUCCAACGAAUACCAGCCAACAACCAAUCAACCAUACUUACUCAUUCUAUACCAACUUACAACCACGCACUCAUACUGACCCAUCCAGUACAAACCAAUUUCCUGGGGCCCGGACUUUCUUUCUCUGUGCAACCCAGUAUUCCCUUAACUGUCCUUUCAACAAUAAACAAACUUUCUUUAAAUUAUGCUACUGCAGUCGCUAAUGUCCUUCCUGUAAACCCAAUGCCUUCUACUCCCAUUGAUGGCAACAACACCUUUCGGUGUAAGAGAGGCACCUACAAUAGCCAUAACCUCCCAGUCAAGGCCUUGGCUGAUUCUGCCUGUGAUCAGGAUGCAGGUGUGAGCAGCACGAAUUUCACUGAUACGGACCAUCUGGAGAGCAACUUGCCCACCUCCCUUGUGUUGGGGGCAGCUCCCAAAGAACCUUCACUAGAUCCUGGCCGCUCCUCUGGCCCAUCCAACAUUCACCAGGACUCUCUCUCCACCACCACCACCACAGAGAAAUGUUCAAGUCAAGCUCAAGACUGUCAGUCAUCCAACAAGAACUACUCUGGACCAAAACACUGGAGCAUUGGCAUGCCGACAACUUUCCGUCAGCUUGUAGAGGCAACAUGCAUACCUGUCAGGUCAGACAAUCUGAACACAACACCUCCAGUGGAUUCAACACCUUGUAGCACAUCAGAAGACCUUGAUGGGGAGAGGAUGACUCAUGACAAGACUGUCCAAAGUACUUUUGACUACAGGGAGGCAAAAAAAGAAGACAAAGAAUCUGCAGUCACCCUGGAACACUUCAGGAGACAAAUCAAACAAUGCAAGAGGUCUCUACGUGUUUCUCUUGUGCGUCUGCCCAUCUCUCUGCCUCCAAGUGGACAACCACUCCCAGAGUUCCACCUUACUGCAGAUACCUCCACAGAUCACAUCUUCGUGCAGGAAUCCCAGGGAGGACAGGUUAACCAGGUGUGGAGAUGGUAUGAAGAUCCAAUACCAUAUAGAUCCUCUUCUUGCUCUGUAUCCCAAGAAGAUGGCGACAGCUCCCCGGCAUCUGACGUAGAGUUCUGUGCCGUGUGUCUGUCUGCAGGAGCUGCACUUCUGUGUGCAAAAUGUGGCUGUGCUUUCCACUCUGACUGUCACAUCCCACCAGUUCUCACAAAACCUUGUAAGGAUUGGGUGUGUUUGCUAUGUCAGGAUGUAAAUGAGACAGUCGUGUAUGGCAGUGAGGAGAUGAGGACGCCUAGUCUGAGUCUGCAAGAUCAAAGAAAGUGUGAGAAGCUUGUCCUUGGUCUCCUGUGUGAUGAGAACAAGAGCCUGCUCUACAGCGCCACCAAGAAUCACUCAAAAACAGCCGAAUUUGAUAUAAUACUCGGCCGACUCCUGGGGAAACGGAAGCCUCCUUAUCGGACUGCUGCUGAACUGGUGUCAGAUGUUUGGACUCUCUUUGACAUCUUGUUGAUGAACUCUGAGGCAAAUCACUCAUCACAUUCAUGUAGGACAAACAUGGUUGUUAAACUUCAAAAAUCUUUCCAGCAACAGCUGAAUGAAUCUUUUGGGAAGAGUCUCCAUGCUUCUCUCUUGAAACAGUCCAGCAGCAAGGAUCCAGAGACUGAACGAGAGAAGCACAGAAACACUUUGAAACGCAUGAGAGAGUUUGUCAUGGCAAACUCCGGUACAGCUGCAAAGAAAUCCUGCACUGAUGAAGGGAACGAGGGAGAUGGCUGUGGAAACACUACAGCUGCUGAACACUGAAGUGCAUCAGUCAUUACUUGCUUUUGAAAUUCGCAAAAAUACUUCUGUAUUCUCUUGUGAAGAGGGAACCAGAUCACUUUCUGUUUAUUGUAGUAGUUUGUUUAUUUAGCUUUGCCUUUAAGUAAGAUGUGUAUUAAACAGAUUAUUUAAU